AAUCACUGGAGCCCCCUCCCCUAUCACUGCGUUCCACCAGAGGAAAGGGAGAGACUCUGCGCUUCAUACGAGGCGGGGCUCGACAGAAAUAUUUUCGCUCUGAUCCAUUAUUUACAUAGAUCAGAAAAGGACAGUGAAAAUAGGCUCGAUUGAAUCGAAGCGUCAACUAGUAUUUGCUCACUGUUUCUGAGGAUACCCUUUACGGAAUAUUCUUGUGGAUUGUAUUAUUUGUUGGCUAUGGAAUUUGAAGGAUUCCUUCAACCUAAAUGUGUAAGAUGGCGUUUGUGUGGACAACGGUGGCAGGUACUCAUUUUUAUCCUGUAUCUCAGUCAUAUUGUCAGUGGACAAAUCCGUUAUUCCAUUCCGGAGGAGAUGAAGACAGGCUCUCUUAUCGGUAACGUGGCUCAAGACCUGGGGUUAGAUUUGAAACGGCUCCGAGCGGGCCGGGCCCGUAUCGUGACCGGAGAAAGCAUGCAGUACACAGAGCUGAAGACAGACAAAGGGAUUCUAGUCGUGAGUGAGAGAAUAGACCGAGAGCAGCUUUGUGGCGACGUCACACCGUGUAGCUUCAGCUUUGAAAUUAUUCUGGAGAAUCCAAUCGAAUUACAUCCGGUGAAAAUAAUGAUCCAAGACCAGAACGACAACGCGCCUCAGGUUCUGUAUCCAGUCCAGACUAGCAGCUCUCUGGUCGCUGAAAUGGUGCCUCGUUCAGCAGAUGUGGGCUAUCUUGUGACUAAAGUGGUGGCUGUUGAUGUGGACUCUGGACAGAAUGCUUGGCUCUCAUAUAAACUUCAGAAAGCGACAGACAGGGCGCUGUUUGAAGUGGGCUUACAGAAUGGCGAAAUAAGAACACUACGCCAAGUCAAUGAUAAAGAUGCUGUGAAACAAAGGCUCACUGUUGUAGUGGAGGACAAUGGGCAGCCCUCUCGUUCAGCUACAGUCAAUGUUAACGUGGCUGUGGCGGACAGCUUCCCUGAAGUGCUCUCGGAGUUCACUGACUUUACGCACGACAAGGAAUACAAUGACAACCUGACUUUUUACUUAGUCUUGGCUUUGGCUGUAGUCUCAUUUCUGUUCAUCACAUGUUUAGUGGUUAUUAUAUCAGUGAAAAUAUACAGAUGGAGACAGUCUCGCAUCCUCUAUCAUUCCAACCUCCCGGUUAUUCCGUAUUAUCCACCGCGUUACGCAGACACUUUGGGGACAGGAACUCUACAGCACGUGUACAAUUACGAGGUGUGCAGGACGACUGACUCCAGAAAGAGUGACUGUCAGUUCGACAGACCCUGUAGUCAGAACGUACUGAUAAUGGACCCCAGUUCUACAGGGACGAUGCAGCGGAUGCAGAACGAACAGAACAUCCUGGAUGAACCAGACUCCCCACUAGAGCGCUUCUUCUGUCAUGAGCAGCAGAGGUCUGCUCCGCUCUCAGGCAGCGUAUACGAACUCUCGUUCAAACUACUGUCUUUAGCUCAAUAG